AUGGAAACAACAGCGAAUUUAUCUGAUUCAAAAGUUUAUAAAAGUAGUUCUUAUUUAAAUCGAUUAUUACCAAGACAUAAAAAUAUAAGUGUACCUUCAAAUUUGGCACUACAAAAUUCAUCGAAUAAAACAUUUGAUUCAUCUACAGAAUCAAUUGAACGACAGUCUACUCCUAGAUAUGAAUUAUAUAAAAUGCAAAAACAAUCAUAUGAAAAUGCAAAAAAAAAGAUAACAUCUGAAUUAGAUUAUAUCCUUAAGGAUCCAUCUGUUGUUAUCGUUAGUGACUGGCUUAAAGUACGAGGAACACUAAGAGAUUGGACUAAAUUAUGGGCAGUCUUAAAACCUGGUCUUAUGUUGCUCUAUCGCAAUCCGCCAUCUAUGGAUGGUGUUUGGGUUGGUACUAUUGUUUUAUCAUCAUGUGAAGUAAUGCAACGUCCAUCAAAAAGAUCAGGUUUUUGUUUUAAAAUUUGGCAUUUAUUAGAAAAAUCUAUUUGGACACAAAAGGGUCCAAAUAAUGAACAAUUUGGUGCAUUAACAUUUCCUUUACCAAUAACUUAUUUAAUUUGUCGAGCAUCAGAUGAAACAGCAGGACGUUGUUGGAUGGAUGCACUUGAAUUAACAAUGAAAUGCUCAAAAUUACUUAAAAAACCCUAUUCAACCAAUGAUAUUUUUUCAACUACACUAAAAAGUAGUUCUUCAAUGUUGUCUAAUGAUGAUAAUACAAAUAUAUCUGAUAAUGAAAUUGAUUUAACUCGAACUAAAAUGAAAGAAGAACUUGAUCGAAUAAGUGAUGUAAGUAUUGAUACAAGUAAACCAUCAAGAAGUGAUUCAAGUCAAUCUGAAACAUCACAAGAUAUAAUAAAUAAUAAUGAAAAAAAUGAAACACCAUAUAUUCUUGCAUUGCCGGAAGAAAUGGGUGAACUUGGUAAUGCUGCACAAACAGAAGAAGUAGCUGAAGAAAAUAAAUCACUUAUAAUGCAUUUAUUGAAACAAGUUCGACCUGGAAUGGAUUUAUCAAAAGUUGUUCUACCAACAUUUAUUUUAGAACCAAGAUCAUUUCUUGAAAAACUUUCAGAUUAUUAUCAUCAUUGUGAUAUUCUUGAAGAAGCUGUUAAUUCAUCUGAUCCAUUAGAACGAAUGAAAACAAUUGUGAAAUUUUAUCUUUCUGGGUUUUAUAAAAAACCAAAGGGUUUAAAAAAACCAUAUAAUCCUGUGCUUGGUGAAGUUUAUCGAUGUUAUUUUCAUCAUCCAAAAAAUGUUAGUAAAACAUUUUAUUUAGCUGAACAAAUAUCACAUCAUCCACCAAUAACGAAUUUUUAUGUAUCAAAUCGUCAGGAAGGUUUUUGUGUACAAGGUAGUAUUUUAGCAAAAUCAAAAUUUUAUGGAAAUAGUCUUUCAGCUAUACUUGAUGGAACAGCGCGAUUAACUUUACUUAAUCUAGGUGAAGAUUAUAUUAUUACUAUGCCUUAUGCAAAUUGUAAAGGUAUUCUUAUCGGUCGAUUAACAAUGGAAUUAGGUGGUAAAGUAACAAUUGUUUGUGAAAAAACUCGAUAUUCAGCUGAUAUUGAAUUUAAAUUAAAACCAUUUAUCGGUGGUCAAGAAUUAACAAAUCUUAUAGAAGGAAAAAUUCGAUUAGAAAAAGAUGUUAUAUAUACAUUCUCAGGUCAUUGGGAUGAUGAAAUCAUUCUUACAGAUAAAACAACAAAUGCAAAAAGUAUUUUUUGGAAAGUAACACAAUUAGUUAUGAAUUCUCGAUUAAAACGUUUUGUUGUGCCAAUUGAACAACAACAAGAUAAUGAAUCCGAAAAAUUAUGGCAACGUGUUACAUCAGCUAUUAAACAAAAUGAUCAAAUUUUAGCUACAACAGAAAAAACAAUCAUCGAAAAUGAACAACGUAAACAGACAAAUGAACGUAAAGUAACUGGAAAUGAAUGGCAUCCAAAAUUAUUUUCUAUCGAUCAAAAUACGAAAGAAUGGAUAUACAAUCAUACUGAUAUUCAUCCUUGGGAUACUCAUAAUGAUAUAUCAACAUAUGAAAAUAAUUUUAUUAUUCGUACACGUACUUGUCAUCAUCGAAAUCGAUCUCCUACUCAUAUUCGUUCAUUAUCUGUUCGUAAUUCCCACGAAGAAUCAUUACAAAUUAAUCGAAAACAAUCAUGUGAUCAUAAUCUAACGUCGAUAUUAAAAAAUUUUCAAACAAAUUUAAUUCAAACCACUGAACGAAUUAAUUUACAUGAACAACAAAUACAUUAUUUACAUAAUCACCAUCAUACGCUACAUUAUCUUUCUCCUUAUAUUCAUUUUAUUCUUAUUAUUUUUGUUGCAAUGAUAUUAAAAUAUAUUUUUCAUUAA